AGAGGGAUUUGAUUGUGUUUAGUCUAAGGGUUAAUAAUAAUAAAAAAUGUGACCAAAAAAAGCUGCAGUGAAAGAAAAAGAAAUACUGAAAGAUGAGAUGUAUUGUUGAAUGGGGGUCACGCGGACCAAGGGGAAUUAUAAUUAAGCGGUACUUUCCGUUUCCUGUAGUUGUUUCCAACCGGACGUAUUUUUAUAGCAACACAGCCACCAUGGACGCUUCAUCCCAGCGUGUUUUGGAGUAUCUGACAGAAGUUGAGGAGGCAGCUGAGGAUGUUCUCACCACUAAACAACAGAUAGUGGACUUGGACACAAAGAGAAACAGGAACAGAGAGGCACUAAGUGCACUGAAACAUGACAUGCCAGAUGCAGAGAAAGUGAAGGUCUGCUUUGGAAAUAUGUUCAUCAAAUUUCCCAAAUCGAAGACCAGAGAUAUGAUUCAGAAAGACCAAGAGCAGCUGGACAAGGAGAUAAACGACCUUCGCAAAGGACUGAAGGCCAAAGUCAAUCGUCUAAAUGAGAUGCAAGGCAAACCUGAGCUGAUCGGCUACAAUCUCUCUCCUCUGUCUACUGACGAAGUCAAAGCUAUCAAUAGCCUUUUAAAGAGGUGACAUCAGAUCAGCUGAAUGUUUCUGAGAACAGAAGGACAAAGAGGACACGUUUACAAGAUGCUGAAGAGCCUCAGUUGUGCAGACGCUACCAUAACGUGCAAACUUCUGGAUGAUGUGAUGACACGACAUCAGCCCUGUGGAUGCCUGACAGCAGGGGUGUAAAUCACAUCUUCGUCCACUGCCUUCAGGACAUUUUUGACAUUCUUGUCAAACAUUGUAUUCUUGGUCUUAAAUCUACAGAAAGACAAACUAUAUUUCGCCAUUUCGUCUUUUCUCCCACGUGUUGAAUUUCCACUUGAACAUCUUGAUGAGCUUUAUAACAGCGUCUAUUGAGAGGCUGUGGAAUGAAAAUAAAACCCCAGUUGUGAGAA